GCCAAAAAGGAAGAGAAUGGGAACGAGGGAGAGGGAUAGAGAUCGGGAGCUGCUUAUCCCAGUCGCAACAAUCUCUGAAAAUGGAGGCUCCAAAUUCUCCGCCCCUAUUGCUACUCCUACCGUGUCCUCCUCCCAUGGCCGCGAGGCAUUUUUAAAAGUAAUCCGCAGCUGGGCUUCCAAAAAGUUUAUGACAGGAUGUGUCAUACUUCUUCCACUAGCCAUUACAUUCUAUGUUACCUGGGGUUUUGUUCAUUUCGUUGAUGGUUUCUUUUCCCCAAUCUAUAAUCAUCUAGGCAUCAAUAUUUUUGGUCUAGGAUUUGCUACCUCCAUCACUUUUAUCUUUUUAGUAGGCGUUUCCAUGUCAUCAUGGUGGGGGGCUUCAGUUCUUACUCUUGGUGAAUGGUUCAUUAAGAAGAUGCCAUUUGUGAGCUAUAUUUACGCUGCCUCAAAGCAAAUAAGUGCUGCAAUAUCACCAGAUCAGAAUUCUAAUGCUUUCAAAGAAGUUGCAAUCAUAAGGCACCCCCGUACGGGGCAAUAUAUCUUUGGAUUCAUUACUUCUACAGUUGUUCUUCAGAAGGGUAUAGGUGAAGAGGAACUCUGCUGUGUUUAUGUUCCCACAAACCAUCUCUAUCUUGGUGAUAUAUUUCUCAUCAGUUCAAAGGAUAUUUUGAGGCCCAAUUUAUCAGUUCGAGAGGGGAUCGAAAUUGUUAUCUCUGGGGGUAUGUCAGUGCCUAAACUAUUGACAAUACUGGAUCCAUCAGGCAUUCCAGCAACAAGAAUUGUCAAAUUUGAAGCAUCAGUAUGAAAAUGGAUUAACAAUAAUUAGAGUUCAUUUCUGUGUCCUAUUGUAUAGAUGAUGGACCAAGCAUAUGCUCAAUCAUUCAAGAAAUCAAUCUUUUGAGAAUGAAGGGAAGAAGAGUUCUGAUCUCUGGCAGACAAUGGAUUCAGAAGAGACUACGAAGCCUUCGAUAUCAACUAGAGGAAGAGAUAUCCCAUCAAGUAGAAAUAUACAUGCAUAGGUGCAAUGGAUGGUACUUGUUAGUUGCUCGUUCAUAUUAGAGUUUCUUUCCUUUCUCUAUCAGUAGUAACAAUGAAUGUCUUUUUCUUUUUUGCCACAUAAGAUAACUCUGUAGAUAAAUAAAUUUUGGAAAUAACUUCAUUAGUAGCAUUAAUUUAAUUAGAAAGAGAUGGAUGCAAGGAUCUUUCAGGACAUGAGAGGGACCUCGAUGAGGAUUAUUGUUGCUUUCUAUGUCUAGUUGAGGACAUAAUCAGCAUAACUACAAGAAUGGGCAUUUGAAAUUGAUGGCAGAAGUUUAACAGUUAAACAUAGCAAGUUUUAAGUUUUUGCCAAGUUGGAAUCCGGUCACUUUAUAUC